AUGGGCAAUCAUCAUUCGUUAUUAAAACGUGCAAACAAAAAGAGAAACCGAUUAAGAUCAAGUUCGAGCGAAUUAGGCGGCACUCAAUCUUGCGCGUCAAGUUUCACAAGCAACAAUUCAUCAGGAACCUCAAGUAACUAUUUCCUAAGAGAUAGCGAAGAUGAAUUUGAUCGAUUGCAGAGGGUACAUUUUUUCUCCAAGCAUUUCUUCGACGGAAAAAACCUUUCGGCACCGUGCACAAAAGUUUUGGAAGAUGGAUGCAUGGUGUUAGACAUUGGUUGCGGCUCAGGUGCAUGGGCAUUGGACUGCGCCACCGAAUUCCAAAAAUCGACAUUUGUCGGCGUUGAUAUAUCACCAAUGUUUCCAAUGACGAUUAAACCAUACAAUACAAUGUUCAUUCAGGUCAAUGCACUUGAAGGGCUACCGUUCGAAUCGAAUACAUUUGAAAUAGUGCAUUUGGGAAAUAUGGGAUUUUGCUUCACCGAAGAACAAUGGACGCAAAUAGUGAACCAUUUUCAACAACAGAUACCCGAGGUGAUACGUGUUAUAAAACCUGACGGGUGGAUUGAAGUCUGCGAGUUAUCACUUAGGAUGCAAGAUACCGGUCCGUGCAUGACGCAAAUACUUGCCGCUACCAGAAGUUAUUUGGAUGAGCUGAAAAUUAAUAUCGAUUUUAUUGAACGCAUGAAGGACUGGUUGACUGAAAACGUGAGAACGGUCACCGAUGUCCAAGAAAUAAUUGUUAGUCGAUCUGUAGGAGGUAGUAAAUUGGGCGACAUAUAUGCAGAGAAUUCGACACCAGCAAUGAAAAACAUUUCACCGCACGUUUCUAGAAUAAUGAACAUCACCGAAGAUGAGUAUGAUAAGAUGGUGGAAGAGUUUCAGAAGGAGAUUAAA